AUGGCACCUGUCGAGGCUGAGAAAUUUCUAUCUUACGAAGCCGGGCCCGAGGUCGAAGAGUUCGCCAACGCGCUCGAUGACUGUCUCUCCCCUCCCCUCUCAAACGAAGAACGACGAGAACGAAUUAUAGACCUACCAAGAAAAUACUAUGAGAAUGCCAUUCGACGCCUAGCACAGGUCCGACCGCGCAUGACGCGCAAUGGACAAGACGAUGUCGAUAUGGAUGCAGACGACGAUGGUACUAAUAGCAACCCUGCCUCAGCAGAGCUUGUCAAACGUCUCGAGAGGGAAGCGCAGACAUGGGAUCUAUUGCGCAGGCUCCUUCCACUAAGAUAUGCUAGUUCUGAUGACGGGCACAGCGCUUCCAAAACCGAACAGAGCUCCGUGGAUUCAGGAGACCUGUUCAAGAGUUUCCUUGCUAGUGAUUCAUCGGCGCGAGAACGUCAAGCAGUCAUACAAUGGCUCCAGAGCAAUGCUUCUUCGGGACCGGAUAUCAACGAGCUUGCGCAUGAACUCCAGCAAAAUGCCGACCGUGGAGAUAUCAUUGCUCACGGCUGGCUUCACACUCGCUCCUCAAUCAAGCUUCGGAAGGGCGUAACAGCUUGGCCCCAUCUACUGGAUCGCCAGUCACCAGCUAUUGCAACCUCAUUUCAUACCUCAGAUGGCUCACCUCUGGUGACACAACUGGACCCAGACGCUGCGACUCGCCAGGGACGAAAGCUUGAACCGCAAGAUGAGUAUUUCGAGCGUGCCAUUUGGUUGGGUUGCUGGGAACACCUCCGCCGAGGAUCAAGUUUGGAGUCUAUUCGUGAAUGGUGCCAAGAACGAACCGAAAUGUGGCGGGCUAUUUCGACCUCUGCGAUACUUCUUUCGGCCGACGACAGCCAGGGAGUGGCCGACACUAAACCAGCAUCACUUGCUCUGUGGCGACGAAUGUGCUUCAGCUUGUCUCGAUCUGGUGGUUGUGAUGACUACGAGCGUGCGGUAUAUGGUGUUCUAUCGGGAGACAUCCCGAGCGUCGAGAAAGUUGCCCUGAACUGGGAUGAUUUUCUUUUCGCGAACUACAAUGCAUUGCUACGCACACAGCUUGACAACUACAUACUUGGACAAUGCCCAGCCGACGUUGCUUCAAACCUCACACAAUCCUUUCCUUCAUUUGACGCCAUUCAAUUUCACGGUGAGCCAAGUACAGUUGACAUGCGCCUAAUCCGAGCUCUGGAAGCCAACCCUCAGAUCAAAGACGAAGCCAACGAACCCAAUAAGGCGUUGCAGGCAUCACUAAUUUCCAAGGAAAUUGGCCAACAUCUUUAUGAGCAGGGCUUCAUCAUUUCUUCUGGCGCAAAUCACAACGAGUCAGCACUCUACAGAUCAGAGUCUAGUAAGCUUGAGGUAAACAAGGAGAGGUUCUUUCAGUCUACGCAGCACUACGGCCUGCGGAUCGUCGCACAUAUCUAUCUCCUCAUCAACCUCUUGGAUAAGCUGAACUCGAAGGACGACUCUCUCGCCCCUGCCUAUUCCCCCCCUGAAAUGAGACGUUCCCAACAGAACCUCAUUGCCGGGUACGCGAAUUAUCUUCGCCUUGCCGAGUUUCAUGAGUUAAUACCUCUUUACUGUUCGAUUUUGGAACCCCCUCGGUCAUAUGAGGUGCUUAGCUACAACCUCAUUCCCGAAAAUGAGGCGAGCCGACGUUUACUACAACUGAGACUUAUUAGGAAAGCCGGCAUCGACGUGCUGGAGUUUGUCAAGACUCAGGCAUGGCUUCUGUUCGAUGAUCUGGGCCCGGCGCAGCAUGGAUGUCCUGCCAAGGAAGGGUUUAGCAUCAUUGAGCCUGGCCCACCUACUUCACGCAGCGGUCGUCCUGUGAGGCCCGAUUUCUUUGGUGAUGAUGAAAGAUUCGUUGAUCAGGCACAUGAGAACCUCAUCCGAUCACUAGAGUGGCUGGUACUGGUGCAAGAAACAUGGCCCAACGUGUUGUCUAUGGGAACCAAGAUCUACAAAUUCUUUUUGCGCAACAUGCACCUCAGCGCUGCUCGUCAGCUGAUGAAGCGAGUUCCAUUUUCAGAGGUCCUUCAUGCAGCUACGGAAGAAAACGGUGAUGAGAUAGAGUUAUACGAAGACAUUCCCGAGUUUUGGGCCAGGCAACUUGAUCGGAGAGGUAUUCGGGACGUGACACCGCAACAAGCACUUUCAGAUGCCCGAAAUUUCCGCGAGCUGGAGAAUCUAGUGCGAGCCCUGGAUAGCUUGGAGACAGUCGCGUCGCUAGCCGAGCUUACAAAUGAGGACCAAAAGAAAAACCGAGAGUUCUGGAAUGCUAUUGGUGACGAAGUCAAGAACACAAAAGAAAACAUGCAGCCUCUUCUCAAGAACUGGCUCCUGGUGGGCAUCGAGGAAGGUGAUCAAGAACUACAAGAUCUCCGUCAAGCCUAUCUACCCGAAACAGUUCUAGCAUACGUUGGCACGCUGCACUUUGCUGGCACUGGCUUGUCUCGAGACAACCUCCUGGAGUGUAUGGAGCUUGCUUCCAUCGUUGCAGAGCGCGAUUCGGAUCUGUCGGUUGCAUUCUUAGAAGCUGGAAGAAUGAAGGAGCUGGUGGAAGUAUUUGCUGCUAGCAGCAAGGCAUUAGCCAUCAGCACUGGCGAAAAGAGAACCGCGAGCACUGGCAGCAAGAAGCUGCGAGAGAUGGGUUGGUCCCGGGAUCUGUGGUCUGUCAGGCCAUGA